AUGGAAUUCAUCAACCGUGAGGCAGUAGAGAGAAUAGCUUCGCGGAUAGGGAAGCCUGUGAAAGUAGAUCGAGCCACCAUGACGGGGGAUCGUGGUCGUUACGCGCGUGUCUGUGUCGAGGUCGACUUGACAAAACCUCUUCUUUCUCAGUACAAAGUGGAGGGCAGAACAUACUAUAUCCAUUUUAAAGGGCUCCACAACAUAUGUACUGAAUGCGGUAAAUAUGGCCAUUCGGUGAAGAGUUGUCAUUUACUGUUCAAGCCAUCACCACCUCCAUCGUAG